CUAGCGGCGACGCUUGGUAAUUUCAGUCGGCACACUGCUGCACUUUGCUCCAUUGCCUUUAAGGAGAGUGCGGCAGUUCCGGGUGUGAUCCCGCAGUGAGAUCCCGGGACCGAGCGGAGGAUCUCCCCCUCCCCCCUCUCCGGAGCCAGGGGCCGGGAUAGGUCUGACCGGGAUCAUGGACCUGGACGUACUGAAUAUGUUCCUAAUAGCUGGAGGUACUUUGCUGAUCCCGAUUUUGGCUUUUGUGACUUCCUUCUUCCUGUGGCCCGCUGCUCUCAUCAAGAUCUAUUAUUGGUACUGGCGCAGGGUCUUGGGGAUGCAAGUAAAAUAUGCCAACUAUGGAAACUACAGAUUCUGCUACACAAGCCGAGGUAGACCGGGACCCAAACCAUCCAUCCUUAUGUUACACGGAUUCUCCGCCCAUAAGGACAUGUGGCUGGCUAUAGCCAAGUUUCUUCCUAAGAACAUACAUCUGAUUUGCGUGGAUCUACCUGGUCAUGAGGGAACCACACGCUCACCUUUAGAUGACUACUCAAUCAGUGGGCAGGUGAAACGGAUACACCAGUUUGUUGAGAGCAUAAAUUUAAACAAGAGACCUUUCCAUCUUGUUGGUACAUCGAUGGGUGGGAGUGUGGCCGGGGUAUAUGCUGCUCAGUAUCCAAAAGACCUCUGCAGUUUGACUCUAAUUUGUCCUGCAGGUUUACAGUACCCCACUGCAAGCAAAUUCCUAAAACGCCUGCAGGACAUAAAAGAAUCUGGAGAAGAAAAUCCAAAAAUCCCCCUCAUUCCAUCCACUGCAGAGGAGAUGGAGCAGAUGAUGAAACUCUGCUCAUAUGUCCGCUUUAAGAUUCCACAGCAGGUGCUGCAAGGGCUCAUCGAUGUUCGCAUUCCUCAUAACGAAUUUUACAAAACGUUGUUUUUAGAUUUGGUUGCAGAAAAAUCCCGUCACAUUCUACAAGAAAACAUGGACAAAAUUACAGUUCCCACCCAGAUCAUCUGGGGCCGACAGGACCAGGUCCUGGAUGCUUCUGGAGCAGAAGUCUUGUCCAGUGCCAUACCUGGCAGCCAGGUGGAGAUCCUGGAGAAUUGCGGCCACUCGGUAGUGAUGGAGAGACCCAGAAAGACAGCCAAGCUCAUGAUGGACUUUUUAUCCUCCCUGCAAACCACAGAGAACAAUAAAAAACAUGAUUAACAAUCAGGAAACGCCUGGGGCAACUCUGGUCCUCUCUGUAUUCCGUAUCGCUCUGAGUUCCUCAGGGGAUCUUGUAGAACUCUUAGGAAAGUAGUUUAGUUCCUUGUGAACACAAGACCGGGACUUCAAUAUCUGCAUGUAAAGACUAUGUGCAGAUCCCUUCCAGUGCGUCAGUAGCUUACGAUAAUGCAUGUGAUGGACACGGUUGAUUAAGAUCACUAUGGUAUGCUGAUGGCGAUUCCAAAGUCCACAUGAUCUUUUAAAAUUUAAACCCUGCAUUUGGGAACCAGUCACAAAUCUGAUGCUCUGGAGAUCUUGACCCAACACCUUAAACCACUAUAAAUGCAAGAUGAUCAUUUAAGCUUGUUUAUUAUAUGCAAUGUGCUGCUGUUGCAGAACUGUUGGUUGAUAGGGCCUGAAGGG